AUUUUUUUCUUCCACGAGCACACACAGGCACACUUGAGGUAGACUUUGUACUUUGGAGAGAUAUUAAUUGAGAGUGAAGUUCAACUCAAGUUCUCUAAUGUGUGUUUGAAGGUGGAUCAGUCCUGGUGUAAGGAGUGUAUCUUGGAUGUGCCUCAGGAGGAACUUUACCAGCUGUCACAACUCAUUCACGUUGGAAACAGAUGUGUGUUUUAUAAAUUCUUAAGAAGUCUGUUUAUUGCGACAAGCUACAGUUCAAUAGGAUCACAUUUUUAUUAGGAAGUCAUCCCAGAAUCAAACAAGGUAUGUUCUUUUUUUAUAUUAUUUAUCACAUUUAUUUUUUUAAGUUGAUUAAUUUUAGAACUCUUCUCCGCUUUCAUUGAAUGUGUUUCCUCAAACUGUAGAGAAGUUAUUGAGCAAAUAAAUCACAUGAAGCUCUUGUGAAACUUUGGCUAUUUCUGUUUUAUCAUGUAUAAUCUUGAUAGCUGAUUUAUAAUGAGCAAUUUGGUUGUAGUGGAAUUUUCUGGCAUGAUAUAUCUGGAAAUGUUUUGUUUUAGUGAUCCCAAAAUAUUCUCGACUUUUGAAAUCACAAAAAUGAGAAAAGCCGGUUAUUUUGAGUCUCAUCCCCUGGGACCAGAUGGUUUAACAUUUAACAACGUUGACUAUCAAUCGAUGCUAUCUUUGUCUGUUUUUUUUUUUCAAUAACCUUACAAAAAUACAAUGAUAAAACCUCAAUGCCCCCCUGCUGCAGUGCCAUGUGGAUUGUCCCUGUCUUGCUGCUAGCCCUCUCCAGCGGGGUUCUAUCUCUGGAUAAACUUAACAUAUGUAUGGAUGCCAAACAUCACAAAGUAUCUCCUGGACCUGAGGGAAAAUUAUACCUUCAGGUAUUGAAUAAUAAAGUCUAAACAUAUUCCAGAUUUUUUUUUAAAUUGUGCUUUUAAUUUUCUUGUCUCAUCUAAACUUUCUGAUACUAUGACAUAAGAAUAACCUCUUUUCUCUCCCCCUUUCUUCUAGUGUGCUCCAUGGAAAGAUAAUGCAUGUUGUACAGCAAACACCACUGAAGAAGCCCAUGAAGAUAAUUCCUACCUGUACAACUUCAACUGGAAUCACUGUGGUGCCAUGAGUGAUAGGUGCAAAAAACACUUCAUCCAAGACACCUGCUUCUAUGAGUGCUCCCCUCACUUGGGGCCUUGGAUUCAAAAGGUGCGUGCUUCACAUAUUUGCAGUCAGCUUCUGCUGUAUGUGUGUGUCUGCAGCACUAGAUGGCAGCAUAAGAGGCAGGAAGAGCUAGUAAAAUCUACUCAGAUGUGAUUACAGUAAUAAAAAGAUAAGAAGCUAAUCACUUUUUAUUAAGAUGAACUUUGUAACACUCACCUGUUCAAGCUGAAGGAAUCUUUACUCUAUCUUUACACUAACCUUACAGAAACUGUAAGGUGAGUUAAGGUCAGUUUUAGGAAUACAUGUCUCAGGUUCAGAUCAUGUGAAGUAGCUGUGUAUGUCCGUCUGAAGGUGGAUCAAUCCUGGCGUAAGGAGCGUAUCCUGGAUGUGCCUCUGUGCAAAGAAGACUGCCAUGAAUGGUGGGAGGACUGCAAGAACGACUUUACCUGUAAGACUAACUGGCACAAGGGAUGGGACUGGAGCUCAGGUAUGCAUUAAAUAUGAGCACACACAAACACCUCAUCCCUGAAAACUUACAAGAAGGUCAAUGCAGACAUGCUUAUUGUUUGUACACUCAAAACACAGAUAUCUUUCAUGCAAUCUAAAUAAAAUCCAAACAUAUAUGAGAAACAAGUGGACUCUGAAAACUAUCUCCCCUGCAGGUAUGAACAAAUGCCCCCUUGACAGUAAAUGCAGAAAGUGGACCGAAGUUUUCCCCACACCCAAGGAUAUGUGUGAAAAAAUCUGGUCCAACUCCUACCUUUACACCACCCACUCCAAAUCCUCCGGCCGCUGCAUGCAGCUCUGGUUCAACGGGACGAACCCCAACACGAAGGUGGCUGAGCACUACCUCAACAGUGCUCGGCAACAGCAAAGCUUUGCUUUGACCACGCUGCUUUUCCUGGCUGUCACAGCUUCAUCUAUGAUGCAGUAGCAGAAUCAUAGCUUUGAAUCAUCCUUUAUUAUUGCGGUGUAAUCAAUAAACUUAUUUUGAAUGCC